AUGGCUUCUCACGGUUUCUGGUCUCUCGGAGGAGACAAUGCUGGAGCCAACCCCGGGAGUCAGAGCCCCAGUGCAACCAGGGCUUGGUGCCAGGCGGCGGCCCAGAAAUUAUCCGGAGGAAUUGGAUCGAAAUUAUGUGCGCUGCUGAAUGUCGGGGAGGUGGAGAAAGCCGCCGAGCCCGGAUCCGCGAAGCAGCCCCCGGAGCCGCAGACCACGACCACCGGCGACUGCGGCUGCAACAAAUCCUGCAACUGCACCAAAGCUCCCGCGGGCUUCUCCGACCUCUAUUCAACAGACCUGUUACCUGCCAUGGACGGUGACGCCAAGACGAUGACCUUCCUGCAGGAGGUGGUGGAUAUUUUACUGGCCUACAUCGUGGAGUCGUUCGACCGCGAAACGAAAGUGAUCGACUUCCAUUAUCCCAACGAGCUGCUGCAGAUGAACAACUGGGAGCUGCAGGGCGAGCCGGCGAAUCUGGACGACAUCCUGGUCAGCUGCCGGGCCACCCUCAAGUACGCCAUCAAGACAGCCCACCCCAGGUACUUCAAUCAGCUCUCCACAGGAUUAGACAUGGUGGGCCUGGCAGCUGAUUGGCUCACAUCCACCGCCAACACCAACAUGUUCACCUACGAGGUGGCUCCUGUCUUCGUGCUGCUGGAGUACGUCACUCUGAAGAAGAUGAGGGAGAUCAUCGGCUGGACGGACGGACGAGGGGACGGCAUCUUCUCUCCUGGUGGUGCUAUUUCCAACAUGUACGCCAUGCUGUUGGCCCGCUUCAAGAUGUUCCCUGAAGUGAAGGAGAAAGGAAUGUCAGCUGUUCCCCGACUGGUGGCGUUCACCUCCGAACACAGCCAUUUUUCCAUCAAGAAAGGAGCAGCGGCUCUCGGCAUCGGGACUGAAAGUGUCAUCUGCAUCAAAGUCGACGAGACCGGUAAACUGAUCCCAGAAGACCUUGAGAGGAAAAUACUGGAGGCCAAGCAGAAGGGUUUCGUUCCUUUCUUUGUGAGCGCCACCGCUGGAACCACCGUGUACGGAGCCUUCGACCCGCUCAUCCCCAUUUCGGACAUCUGCAAAAAGCACAACAUCUGGAUGCAUGUGGACGGUGCAUGGGGAGGAAGUCUGCUCAUGUCCAGGAAACACAGGUGGAAGCUGGACGGAGUCGACAGAGCUAAUUCAGUCACAUGGAACCCACACAAAAUGAUGUCGGUCCCUCUGCAGUGUUCGGCCCUGCUGAUCCGAGAGGAGGGUUUGAUGCAGAACUGCAACCAGAUGCACGCCUGCUACCUGUUCCAGCAGGACAAACAGUACGACCUGUCCUACGACACCGGGGACAAGGCGCUGCAGUGUGGACGCCACGUGGACAUCUUCAAGCUGUGGCUCAUGUGGAGGGCCAAGGGCACCAUCGGGUUCGAGGCUCAGAUUGACAAGUGUCUGGAGCUGUCGGAUUAUCUGUACAACAAGAUCAAGGACCGAGAAGGAUACGAGAUGAUCUUCAACGGGACGCCUCAACACACCAACGUCUGCUUCUGGUACCUCCCUCCUGGGAUCCGCUACAUGGAGGACAAAGAGGAGAGAAAGAAACACUUGCACAAGGUGGCUCCGGUGAUUAAAGCCAGGAUGAUGGAGUACGGGACGACCAUGGUCAGCUACCAGCCACAGGGGGACAAGGUCAACUUUUUCCGCAUGGUGAUCUCGAACCCGGCCGCCACCUUCGAGGACAUCGACUUUCUUAUCGAGGAGAUCGAGCGCCUGGGCCAAGAUCUAUAA